AUGAGAACCACAUCUCGUUCUGAAAGUGAGAAUUAUGCAUUUCACCAAAACACUCAUUAUGGUUCUAUUCUUGUCCAUUUUAUGAUUUCUUUUGAAGCUGCUAUAGAAAAGCAAGGAUUCACUCAAUCAUCAUUUGACUUCAAGACUAACGACAAACAUCCAACAAUGAGGACACCAUUUGAGAUCGAGAGGAAUGCAUCUAUCACAUUUGAUGAUGUUGAUGAGUGUCUUGUCAAAGAAUUUAUUCAUUACAUUCCUUCUAACUCAAAUGGUUCUCAUAUUGAUCCAGAAGUUGAAAAUGAUGAUCAAUGGGAUAUACCUAUACGUGAGUCUACUUACAAGGUUACACACAAUAAGUCUGCACAAACAUUUACAUGUCCUUGUAUGAAGUUUGAGCAAUUUGGUUUUUUGUGUCGCCGCAUUUUUACUGUAAUGAAGUCAUAUAACAUCAAAGAGAUUCCUUCCAAAUAUUUACUAAAACGUUGGCAGAAGGACAUCAUCCUCACAGAACUAUUGAAAAAGUGUUUUCGUUAUGUUGAUUCUGACGAGAAUACCCAAAGAGUUGCGCUUGAUAUAUUUUCUACUGUUGACAAUUGUGUAUCUUCUAUUGAUGAGGAGACCAUAACUUCAAACUCCUUUUCUGGCAUAUUCUAG